UGCGGCUCCUGGGAGCUGGGAAGGUCCGACUGGAAAUUUAGUGUCAAAAAAAUACUCGAGGAAAGAGACGAGUUGCUGCCGGUUUUCCUGUUUUUUUAAACGCCUGUCGGGCUUGGACCUGCGGCGGGACUUCGGUGACAGGGGCCCCCUUCAGAUGCACAAUGCAUUCAAUAAGGAACUUCUUCUGUGGUCCGUGGUCGUCCACUGUGAGGCUGGAGGGGAAGACGGUGCUCAUCACCGGGGCCAACACUGGAAUCGGCAAGGAGACCGCGAGGGACCUGGCUAGGAGAGGGGCCAGGGUCAUCAUGGCCUGCAGGGACCUGGAGAAAGCCGAAGGUGCACAGAAGGAAAUUAUCCAGGACUCUGGAAACCAGGAAGUCGUCGUGAAGAAGCUGGAUCUGUCCGACACCAAGUCGAUCAGAGAGUUUGCUGAGCAGGUUAACAAGGAGGAGAAGCAAGUCAACAUACUUAUUAACAACGCGGGGAUCAUGAUGUGCCCUUACUCCAAGACAGCUGAUGGCUUUGAAAUGCAGUUUGGGGUCAAUCAUUUGGGGCACUUUCUGCUCACCCACCUGCUGAUCGAUCUGGUCAAGAGAUCGGCUCCGGCCCGCAUCAUUAAUGUCUCCUCGAUGGCGCACAGCUGGGGCAGGAUCCAGCUGGAAGACAUCAACAGCGAGAAGAGCUACGACUCGGGGAGGGCCUACGGCCAGAGCAAGCUGGCCAACAUCCUAUUCACGCGGCGCCUGGCGGAGAAGCUGCAAGGGACCGGCGUGACGGUGUACUCCCUGCACCCGGGCGUGGUGCAGACAGAGCUAGGCCGGCACCUCGGCGGGCCCAUGCAGCUGGCCAUGAAGGUGGUCAAGCCGUUCUCGAAGACCUCCGUGCAGGGAGCUCUGACCUCCAUCUACUGCGCAGUGGCGCCGGAGCUAGAGAAGGAGAGUGGAGGGUACUACAGUGACUGUGCCCCAGCAUCCUGCUCCAGAGCUGCUAAAGAUGACGAAAUGGCCAAGAAGCUUUGGGACUCCAGCUGUCAAAUGCUUGGGAUAUCAUGGGAGUGACAAUACGGAACUGGAACUGCUGUGGGUCAAAACAGUUUGUAACCACUUACGGUUAAUGGAGACAAGGAAGAUCUAGGACUGGAUUAGCACUUUAAGGCUGCUUAACAACUGCAGUGGAGUAUAGUGUUGUCUGCCAUAAUGACCGAUGCAUCGGAAAACUAAAAGAAAACCUGAUGCAAUAUCAGCUCAUAUUGGUUUGCUAGAAUAUUUUUCAACAUUAGGGCCUCUUUAUCCUAAAGAGUCUUUUUUAGACAAAAAAUACAAUAUAUAUAGAAGAGAGUUUUAUUAUUUGGGUGGGUGGGGGAAUUCACAGAAUUUAUGAAGAAAAUAAUUACAACAUACUGUAACAUUUUUUUCCACAACCAUGUUGCAGUUUAGGAUUUUUAUUUUGAUGAAGUAUACACCGGAAACCCCGUUUUACAAGGAAGUAUGAGAGUAUGUGGCUUAAGUGUUUAUUUUUUUCCAAAUACUGCGUUUUCCAGAGAACCGAAGCCCUCAUACAGAAAUGUAAAUGUUCGGAACUUUGGUUAUUUUUUACUGUUCAAGUUACAUGAUAUUCCAACUUUUGGGAAAAGAUUCUGGAAGUCCUUUGUAAGAAUAUAUUUUGGUACGAUCAAAACGAUUUUGCCUUAGUAAAUAAAAUGGUAUUUUACUUUCCGGAC